GCCAGUAUCGCUAUCAUCCCAUUUGUCACAUACAUUAGUGGAUUCGUUUGGUCACUCCUAUCACGAUUAAUCUCAUCCAAAACUGGACCAAAAAUACUACUAGUAAUUGGUUGUGUGUUUGGUUUGGGCUCGUGUUUCUGGAACAGCUUUGGAUCAGUAGAUAACGAGUCGUUCAAACACUGGCAGGUCUAUGGGUCAGCCCUACUGUUCGGCAUCGGCGGCACAACUAUGCUUAUCGCCAGUCUCGCCCUCACCUCAGAUCUGAUUGGAAUCAAUACGACGAGCUCUGCCUUCGUGUUCGGGACAAUGAGUUUCUUCGAUAAAGUACUGAACGGUUCGGUUGUCGUCAUUCUCGAGCAAAUCAAUCCCUAU